GCUUUGCAUCCUGACUGGCCUGACCAGAGUGGACAUGGAGCUUUUCGGGGCAACGUCAACUUGGAUAUUCGUGCUGCACUUGCUUUGUGUCAGCGGUGUCGCCAAUCCCAAGACAACAGUGUCGUGGUGCGUCAUAUCGGACGCGGAGGCGCAGAAGUGCGCCGACCUGUCUGGGAACGCCACCGCUCGGAAUAUUCGAGGGACUUUGCAAUGCGUGCGAGGCCUCAACGCCAGAGACUGCAUGGAGAAAAUACAAAAUGGGAGCGCUGACGCGGCCUCCAUGUUUGCGGAUGACAUCUACGCUGCGGGCCUGUGUCACGGCCUGGAGGUGGCAGCCGGGGAGUCCCUCAAUGGAGUGGAUGGCGUGAGCUACUACGUGGUGGCGUUGGCUCGCCGCUCGACGUCCGAUUUGUCCCUGCUGGAGAUGCACGAACGCAGCUCGUGCCACCCGGGCAUCCGCACCACGGUGGGUUGGACCGUGCCUGUUGGGUACCUGCUCAACACCUCGCAGAUCAGCCCGGGACACCAGUGCAACUUCCCCCGCGCGGUGGGGAACUUGUUCGGGUACAGCUGUGUGCCCGGCGUCAAAGACCCCCAACACGACCCCCAGGGCAAUAACCCAAAGAACCUGUGCGAGGCCUGCAUCGGCGAUGACAACGAUCGACACAUCUGCGCCAGCAACCCUCGAGAGAGGCACUACGGCGAGGCGGGCGCCCUCAGGUGCGUGGCAGAGAAUCUGGGCGACGUGGCUUUUGUCAAACACACCACCGUCUUUGACAAUUCGGAUGGCAGGAACCAGGACUCGUGGGCUCUGGACGUGGAGGCCGAGGAUCUGAAGCUCCUUUGCCCCGACGGCACCGAGGCCGACCUGGAAGAUUUCCGCCGCUGCCACCUGGCGGCCGUGCCCGCCAACGGCGUGGUGGUGCGCCAAAUGGAAAAGUGCCGCGUCUGGAAGUUCCUGGAACGAUUGCAGAACGUCUUUGCUAACGCUACAGAUGGCUUCAGCAUGUUCAGCUCUUCCGGCUACUCCGACUCCGACGUGAUGUUCAGCGACUCCACCCGUUACCUGCUGAGGGUCCUCGGGGGCUACACCUCCUGGCUGGGCCCCUCCUAUACCAGCGCCUUGCAAGCGUUCGAGUGUGAAGGGUUCUGCUGAUAAAAAAAGCGGCGGAUAUCUGCCCUACUCUUGUCUUGUCUGACAUCCAUUUACACCUUCAGCUUCCUUGUGUUAUUUUCAAAGUUGUCCCAAGGUGCCAACAAGGCCAAGACGAUGACAUUUGAUGAAUUAAAAAAAAACUUUUUUUUUUGUUUAAAAGGUAAAAGAGCAUUACUUGAUGA